CGAUAGUAAUGGCGUUUGUGUUUGUAUGUGAUUGUGAUGUAUAGUUUGUGAAAGUUGUUCGAGUCUGACCUGAGGUUAUUGAAUAUGUGAAUUGCACUGCAGAGCCAGUAGCACUGUGCAUUUUUCUUAAAGUGUUUCAUGGAUUCUCAGAAUAACACAUGGGAGAGUGCAAGAACAUGCAAAAACAAAGAAACAGAAAAUGUAAAAGUGUUUGUUCUUACACCUUCAGAAUUGGCAAGUAUUGGGUUAAUAACCAAAGUGGAAAAUGGUCAAGCUGUUCUGUUGCCUACAAAGAAAGGCAAUAAUGUGGAUACAUCAACCACCUUAAGCCAAAUUAUUGCAAAAAAGCAGUCUUUGACCAUCAAGGAUGUAGUUACAGCAGAAAGAUCUCAGCCUGUAAUAGGUUGUUCAUCUGCUUCAGCGUCGUCAUCUGUUCUGAGGAACCAAAAGAGAAAGGGUUUUGAUGAGCAAGAUGUUACUAUAACAGUUGUCAAGCAGAAUGACAGUAAGGCUGGAUUAAAUGUUGAAACAGCCAACACUCAUGAGGAUGUCACUGUCACUGUUAGCAAAUUGGCUUCUACAAGUACAAGUGUGCCAAGAAGUGAUGUGAGUUCCCCUCAGGUUAAAAGAUCUUGUGGGAGUAAUGCUCAUAGAGCUACAAACCUGUCAGGUGAUGCUAACAACUCCGCACAAAUGAAAACUGCCAUUGUAAAUAACCCUCGUAAUCCUGCAACUGAACUAAGCAGUGGUGUAGAUGCUCCUCAAGUGAAAACAGCUGGUAAAAAUAACUUCUGUAUAAAUACAAAUGUGUCACGGAAAGGCGUAAUUGCCAGUCCAACGAAAACAGUUCGUAGACAUGACCCUCGUAAACCUUUAGCAGAUUUCGAUAAAUGGACACCAAAUCUUCUCAAAAGGACAUGUAAGCUUAUACCAUUGAAUAAUCAAGUGCAACCUCAGCAGACUCCACAGCAACAGACAACAUGUGCAAGUGCAGUCAGUACAGAUGAUAGUUCCACCAGAUGCUACUCAAACAACACUGUGAGAACUCGACCAAGGCCAAUGUUGUCAGGCUUUGCACAGUACUGGAUGGACUCAUUGGAGGACAUUGGCUACAUACGGUGCCCCCUGAGAGCCUGCAACUAUAUUAGUCUGUCAUACCAGGAUAUGAGUGCACACUAUGCUACGUGUGCUGGGGUAAGCAUCACUACAGAUGAUAUGUGCCCUGUGUGUCAAAAACGCCUAAAGUCAGCUGAGUGUGUUAAGCUACAUUUGAUUCGGUCACAUGGACCAAAAUCUAAGAAGCAAGAGGAAUUACAAUCAAUGUCUGCAGCAAAGAGAGUGCGUAAAGAGGAUCCACUUCCAAGAGUCCUUGUAAGAAAACGUGGUUAUUCAAAGGUGCAUAAAAUAUCUUGGACGAUAUCACUUGAACAGAAAGGAUACAUCAGAUGUCUUUUCCAAAACUGUGGAUUUCUUGCUCUCAACAUGGAAGAGAUGAUACAACAUUAUGGAAUCUGUAAUGGGAGUGGAUCUUCGGCCCACAUUCCGUGUCCAUUCUGCAGUGGACGUGUCGAAAACUUGGAUAAGCUGGACAAACACAUUUUAAUAUCUCACGCAGAAGAAUCAAAGCAAACUGGUACCGAAUAUGAGUUUAUUGAUGUUGUAGGAACACCAGAUCUUAAGCCUGUAUUUUCAGAGAAUAGCAAUGGCCAAAAGGAAAAGGAUCCACAGAAAUUGACAGUGAGUCAGCCUGAGACCCAACAGUCUUUCGCUACAAAUGUGUCAGAACUUUAUCCUCAUAAAAUGGAUCGAAGACAAAAGACUACCGAGUACAUUCUGCCAGAUACUGUUUAUGAAGAUUUUGCAGAUGGGGUUAAUAGCGUAAAAACAUUCAACAGUGUACCUACUAAGGAUGGGUCAGAUCCAUUACAAAACUUAAUAACCGUCUCAUGUGGUGAAAACAGCCUCCUGGAAGAACUUGUGCCAGAGAAAGAGAAAGACCCUCCAAGCAUAAGGUCAUCAGAUUGUCAAAGUAAUAAUGGUGAGAUAGUUGGUGCUGAAGUUGAAGAAUCUAACCCAAGUCAUAUGAGUGCACAAGAGAAUAUUUCAGAGAAAGGAUUUAAUGUACACAGUAGUGAGACUGUAAUUGUCAAUGUGGAUCCAAAUGAUAUCACGGAAGCAGAAGGAAUUUCAACCAUCAGACUAUCAUUAAACAUUUCAGAUGUUACAGAAUUGGAGAAAGGAAUUCAGGUGACUCAGCACAAUGUAAAUUCAAUGCCAUCUAGUGAAGAGUCAGCUGUCAUGAAAGUAAAUACAAAAACAUCAAAUGAAGAAGAGAUACCACUCACAUCGACUGCAGUGUCUGGCUGUGAUGUUCCUGUUAUACAGACAAACACACUGAACAUAAAAAACUUGGAUAAAUCAGAUUCUGUUUUCAGUUGCAAUGCUAAUGUAACAGAUGUCAUUCGUGGAGUGAUCAGUGUAAGUGACCUCUGUAGUGGAAAUAACAAACAGGAAGUUCUUACAAAGUCAGAUGGAGACGCGAACUGUUUUAACAUUUCAAAUAUUUCGAAUGACAACACAAAUGUUACUUGUAAUGAUACAAUAUGUGCAGAUGAUCUGGAUAACAGCAGUAAAACAUGGCAGAAAACUGGCAGCAGUUGUCUGAGGCAUAUUCAGCCAAAGAUGUUAAUGCUAUCUGAUAGCUGUGAUAAAGAAAUAAUAAAACCACUGUCCAAUAUUAAUAAGCUGGGUGAAACCAUUACAUAUACUAGUGAGCAGCCAGGAUCUCAUGUUGCACCAAGUCAGCAAGAUUUAUUUACAUGUCCUCUGCCUAGUUCUCAGGGAUUACGUCAUAUUAAAAAUGUAACAAACACUGGAUCAUCUCCAAAUGUCCAACAGAGUCUGGCAUGUAGAGAUGAAGACGAUAUUGAUAUUGAUCUGCUGUCAUAUUCGGCACUGAGCAGUGGCCACACUAUUGUAUACAGUGACCGUCAGUGGGGAAGUAAACACUCUGCAGUUUCAUCAGGUUUGAGGAGCCCCCCUAAUGAGAAGAUUAUUACAGAUAAAUCACGCUUAAAGACGUACAGCAAAAAGAAUUCACUUUCCUCACUCACUGAACAAAGAAGGAAUCAGAAAUCACCUUGCUGUGCUGAGAGUCAAAUACUUUUUAAUAGACCAUCAGCUGUGAAUUUUGAAGAGGAUGUAUAUAUAAAUAACAGCAUUGAAGCAACUGUGGCAGCUGUCAGCACUUCAUGUCAUAACAGCCAGUACAACAAAGGACAUGUUCCUGCGAAAGAUGGCAGCAUGCAGGGUAGGUUAAUCAUGGGAACUAUUCUCCCAGUUUACAUAUUGAAUGCUUUCAUUCCCUCAUUUAGUGUGCUCAGUCUAUACUCACAUCAGGUUUUCUGUGUUGUAGAAUGUGGCAACAGUACGCUUGAAGAGCAUCAGCCAAGUAACACAGGGCCACAGGAUAGUAGCAAAUGCUUAGGAACAGUGGCCACUGGAGCUGUGGCUGAUCAAAAGUUACUGGAUAUAGAUGUGGGCGCAUGCUCCAAUGGUGAUAAGGUGCACAUAUCAUCAGAUGUUAUACUUAGCCAAGAAACAGAUGUGCAUGGUGACUCAUUAAAUGGAACUGCUACAUCAUCUGACCAUUUGUCUCCCAAUCUCCAUAAUUCUGCUGUGGUGGAAGAAAAAGAAAAUUUCCAUUGUGUUAAACUUAUCGAUCAGCCUGUGACUGCCAGUGUAUCCUCUGAGGUUCAGAAAUGUGUUGGCAAAGCUAACACAUCAAAGCAAAACAGUGAGAUUAGUGCAUCUUCUGUGUCUGAAAGAUCUUUCGUGGACUCAUCAGCUAAAAGUAUUUGUGAUGACAACGAAGGCAUCAACAAAGAGCCUUUUUCCAAUGUGCAGAUGAAUGUAUAUGACCUUGAGUCCUCAAAGGAAGAACAAAAUGAAUUGACUACAAAGCCGUCCAUAGCUAAUUUUGUACAAGAAAUGAACAUUGAUUACAUCAGUUCUGAAGCAGAUAAAUUCAUUAUAGAAGAUGAAAGUCUUUCAAUGUAUUUGAAUAACUCUGAUGAGUUCCAAGAAAAGAAUUUAUUGGAAAACGAUACUGUCUUAAUGCCAAUAGGAAGUUGUGAUCAUAAUCGAGACACUGUGACGUCAGGUACCUCCUCCCCCAUAGGGGUUGAAACUGCUAUAAUAAAAGAAAAAGGUGAAAGCAUUCCCUUGCAAAAUACUGGCGGUUGUGGUAUGGUUAGUACUGAAAAAAGUGAAACAAUUACUUUAAUGCCAGUUAGUUAUCGUAAGACACAGACAACUACUGAAACUAAAGUGCCUGCACAACCUGUUGGAAGUAAUAUGCAAACCAAAGAUGAUGAUAGGCACUCAUCAGAUAAUGGUAAUAGAAGUGUGGCUAUCUCAUCAAUUGAUGAACAGAUUAUGGUUUUCUCUUCAUCAACAAAUGUGACUGAUGUGGCAGUUGACAGCUCUUGCCUCGCUGUAGCAUCUAUGAUCGAUGAUGGUAUAAAGGAGAGUGUUAAGACACUGUGUGAAAAGCAGUUCCAGGAAGAACGUGAAGUAUCUAUAGCUGUUAAUACUACAGAUGAAAUUUUGAAUGUGGAUGAUGCUUCCUGCACUUUAUGCAUGGAAGAACGAGAAAGCAGUGUCCCUAUUGUAAUGAGCACACAAAAAGGUUUCAGAAAUGAUUUGGCAGAACAUUAUGAUAGAAGGAAGGAGUAUAAUUCCAACAACAAUUGUUUCAACAUAAGAAGUGAGGAUUUGGUAGUUUCUAAUGAUGACCUUGCUAUGUUAAACAGUACCAAGGAAGAACCCAGUACACAUUCCGUUUGUGGUGUGUCACUCACAGAUACUGAAAAUACAGUUCAGCCUCAGCAGUGUGGAGAGGCGUGUAGUAUCUACCCACACAACAAUAAAGGUGAAUGUGUUAUGGUCCAAAUGGGCAGAGAUGAGCUUGUAAGAAAAGUUAAAGAUGAACCAAGUGAAAAGAUUAUACAAACUUAUGGAGAAUUAGAUGUUCACUGUGAGAAAAAUGCUGUUCUUCGUGUAAGAGAAGCCAGAGUCACUCUUGAUGAAAUGGAAACGAAAAAUGAUGUACCUCCUGAAUGUUUAUUGAAACCUGAUGUACCAGUUUCUUAUCAGGAAAGGAAAACAGCUAUAUCAGGUACAUCACUAAUCGAAAAAUGUAUAAGUGAAACUAAAAGCAUGAAUAACAGUGAACUGAGUCCUGAUAAAAACAUAACUAAUGAUGAUAAACCAGGGAAAACUACAAAUAUUCCAGUGUUUGAGUUACAUUUAUCCAGAGAUAGCAAUGAAAGAAAAGUAAAAGAUGAACCACAUGAAAAGAGGAUAGAAACACAUAAAGUCCCCCAUGAGAGUAAUUCAUCCUCUCAUGUAAAAGAAACCACAAUCAAUGUUGAUAUGGAAAUAAAAAAUGCUAUACCUACUGAAUGCUUAUUUAAACCUGAUCUACCAUUUUCUGAUGAGGAAAGAAAAACUGCUAUAUUAAAUACAUCAUUAAUUGAAGAAUGUGAAAAUGAAACUAAAGGUGUAAAGAGCAAUGUAACCAUAGCUAAUGAUGAUAAACCAGGGAAGUCUACAAAUAUUCCAAUGUUUGAGGUACAUUUAUCCAGAGAUAGUAAUGAAAGAAAAGUAAAAGACAUACCACAUGAAAAGAGGAUAGAAGCAGAUGAAGUCCCCUGUGAGAGCAAUUCAUCACCUCAUGCAAGAGAAACCACAACCAAUGUUGAUAUGGAAAUUCAAAAAGCUGUAUUUACUGAAUGCUUCUGUAAAGCUGACAUUCCAGUACCUAAUCAGGAAAGAAAAGCAACUACAUUAGAACCAUCAUCAACUGAAAAGUGUGAAAGUGAAACCAAAGGUGUAAAGUGCAGUGGACUGAAUCCUGGUGUAAGUGUAGCUAAUGGUGAUAAACCAGGGAAGACUACAAACAUCCCAGUGUUUGAGGUACAUUUAUCUAGAGAUACUAAUAAAAGAAAAGUAAAAGAUGAACCAAAUGAAAAGAGGAUGGAAGCACAGGAAGUCCCCUGUGAGAGCAAUUCAUCCUCUCACGUAAGCAAAACCUUAAUCACUGUUGAUAUGGAGAUGAAAAAUACUGUACCUGCCGAAUGCAUAUUUAAACCUGAUCUAACAAUUUCUGAUCAGGAAAGAAAAACAACUGUAUUAGAUACAUCAUUAAUUGAAGAGCGUGAAAAUGAAACUAAAGGUGUAAAGGGAAAUGUAAUUGUUGCUAAGACUACAAAUAUUCCAGUGUUUGAGGUACAUUUAUCUAGAGAUAGUAAUGAAAAAAAAGUAGAAGAUGAACCAAAUGGAAAGAGGCUAGAAGCACAUGAAGUCCCCUGUGAGAGCAAUUCAUCCUCUCUUGUAAAAGAUACCACAGUCAGUACUGAUAUGCAAAUGAAAAAUGCUGUACCUACUGAAUGCUUGUUGAAAACUAACCUACUAGUUUCUAAUCAGGAAAGAAAAACAAGUGUAUUAGACACAUCAUCAGUUGAAGAGAAUGAAGAGUGUGAAACUAAAGGUGCAAAGAGCAAUGGACUGAACCCUGAUGUUAUUGUAGCUAAAGAUGAUAAACCAGGGAAGACUACAAAUAUUCUAAUGUCUGAGGUACAUUUGUCCAGAGAUAAUAAUGAAAGGGAAGUAAAAGAUGAACUAAGUGAAAAGAGGAUAGAAACAAAUGAAAUUCCCUGUGAGAGCAGUUCAUCCAGUCAUGGAAGAGAAACCAUAAUCAUUGUUGAUAUGGAAAUGAAAAAGUCUGUUUGUACUGAAUGUUCAGUAAAGCCUGUUCUACCACUUUGUAAUCAUGUAAGUAAUGCUACAGCACCAGCUACCUCAUCAGCCAAAGACUGUAAGGUUGAAACUGAAGAUGCUACGAGCAGUCAACUGCAUGCUAAUGCAGUCAUUGCUAAUGAUGUUAAACUGGAGAAGUCUGCAAAUACCCCUAUGUCUGAGUUAUGUUUAUCCAGAAAUAAUAAUGGUAUGAACAAUAUUUCUGUAAAGGAUGAGGAUUGCACCGAAAUUCCAUCAGAUCCUGCAAUGAAGGAAAAGGACUGUGAAGAUAAAAAUUUGGGAAACUGGAAAGCUGAAGAUGUGACAGUUAUGGAUGAAAAUGAAGCCAGUCACCCUCAACAGUCAGAUUUUUCACAGUGCUUGGUUUGCAUUACCUCUUCUCAAGAUACGGAAUAUAGAUCAACUACAGCGCAUUCGAACACAAGCAGGCAACAGUUGAUUACUGACACUGCAAUGUCAGAAAGUGGAGAAGAUAAAACCUUCCACUUAGAUAAUGACAAAAAACUGCCUGAAGAUGGAAAUCCAUCAGAUGCUGAAGCGGUAUCAAGCUAUGAAAAUACCAUGCCUAUAAAGAGCACACUGUCAUCUAUAACAUCGAAAGAGAUGUCCGCAGAUUCAUCAGGUUGUAAUUCUUAUGUUUUAGAAACCUCCAACAGUAUGGAUACUUCUCAGGGAUCCAUUGUAAAACCUGUACCUAUGGUUUCAGUAUGUAUCACUUCCUGCACCCAGCAAUUAGAUGAUGAAAGUGUUAUAGAUAAAGACAAAACAGAGGCUAUUUCUAGUGAAGAGAGUAGAGCUGCUCAUAAUGCAAGUUCUAGUAGCAUGCCACCUGUCAGAAAUCUUUUGAGCUACCAAGACAAUUUGAAUGACAAGUUUGAACAGCCUACAGGCAAUACUAUAACACUGGAAGAAAACAAUCCUGGCAAAGAUGUUAAUCGAUCAGUACAUCUGUGCAACGGUUUAGCUGUAGACAUAGAUAAAAGAAUAUCUGCUGCUUCAUCUUUUGAUCCAUCACAAAUGUCAGAACAUGCAGAUAGCGAAACAAAUGUGUUGAAUUGUAAAGGUGUGUUAUCUGUUGACAAUGAAGUGGCAACAAGUAGAGAAUUAAAAUCUGAUAAUCUCUGCGGAAAUGGUUACUUGUGUGAUAAAGAAAUCCCAGCUACUGGUAACCGUCCUGCUUCAGAGUCAGAUGCUAAAAGUAAAGAAUAUGAGAAUAUGCAGAAUUUGCUCUUGCAAAGAGAAUAUGAGGAUAAAAUGGCAACUGCAGAUGGCGGGUCCAAUGAAAAAAUAAAUUUUGAUGAAAAGUCACAAAAUCCAGUAAAAAUGUUAAGCAUGUCAGACCCAGUUAACGAUACAGUAACAUGUACAACCAGUCAGAAAGUUAAUAGCCAUCCUGUGGCCACAGAAAGUAUGAAGACUGAUUUGAAACUGAAUGCAGGAUCUGAUGUGACAGUUUGUAAUGCUACUGUGCUUGAUAGUACCCCUGAAGAUGUUAAAAAUUUAAGUUCUCCAAAUUCUAGUGAAGAAAAUAUAGAGAACGUUAACUCUACAGGGAUCUCAACUUCUCCAACAUUGUUGGGAAAAACUGGCCACUUAACCGUUUCAUCUUGUGAAACUGGAGAAUGUGGCACAAGUCUACUUCAGGUGGAUGAAAAGUCAAAUUCGGAAGAAUUGGGUGAUGUUUUUAAAAAUACCAGCUCACUUCUUUCAGCAUCUAAGAUUUGCAGGAAAAGGAAAAAUAGUGAUUGUACAAAUACAGAGAAUAGUAAUUCAAAGAUCCAAGUUUUAGAGCUCGACAGUGACAAAUUGACUAUUCCCAGUUGCAUAAAAGCAACAGUGGAGGCAGCACAAUGCCACUCUGGUUCAGAUAAAAGCCACAAUGAAAAAGUUUUCACGGAAGAUUUUAACUGUUCUCUAGAAAGGAAGCUUCAACUGCCAGGUGAUAUAUCAGAUUCAUAUGAAACAUCUGCAGCAGGCAAGUCUGAGAACAUAGAGGAGACGUCUGGUCAUUUGAAAACCUCUGCUACUAACGACAAUGGUACACUUCAUUGUCAUGAAUAUUCAAAAUUUAGGGCGAGUCAAAAUGUAACUGAAUCACAAGGUAAUACUCAGAAUGAUGAACUGCUUAAAAACAGCAGUGUUGGAGCAUCAGAAGUGACCAAGUCAAAUAAUAACCACAUCAGCCAUAAUAAUUAUAACAAUACAGUUGGUGCAGCAAUAAUAAAGAGCAAGGAUGGUACAGAAUCAGAUGCUGAUGUACACAGUGUGGUUUGUGGCCAGAAGAGAAAAACCAGCCAACGUGAGUUGUGUUUGGCAGAAAGCAGUGCUGAAAUGCCAUUGGAGAAGAAGAAGUAUAUUCCUUCUCCCACACAAAAAACUGGAUGCCCAGAACGGUCAGAGGGAAUCUUGGAAAGUGUUUCACUUUGUUCCAACAAAGAAAAGGCAGAAUUGUCCAUUGCAAAGUGUGUUUAUAACACACGGCAUAAAGGAACACUACACACUGUUCUAAAAUUAGAUCAAGCUUCCGGGUUUUGUUCCCCACUUAUUGGUAGAGGUAGGGGGAGAGGCAGAGGUAGAGGAACAGUGAAGGAAGGGAUAGUGGGGCAAGGUGAGGGCUCUCCCCUGUGUGGCCAAGGGAGAGAGCGGAAGGAAGAGCUGAUGGGAAAAGGGAGAGGCAGAGGCAGGGGAAGAGGACGAGGACAAGGAUAUGGGAAAGGAGAGGUGACAGAUAGCUGCAGCCAGAUGCUAGACAGUGGUCUCACACUGCUUGAUAAAGAUGCUUCUUGUCCUGCUCUUGUGAAAACUGAAUCAGUAGGUACUGAAAAUGAAGGCAAUAUUAUCACUGGUUCAGAUAUUGCAAGUAGUUGCAAUGAGCCCAGUGGAACUGUGCCAGCUGCAAAAAGAAAGAGGGGCAGAGCAAGUGUAAAAAUCUGGCCUGCAGAGAUGACUGGGAUUGACGAUAGUGUACAUGAAGAAAAGAAAGACAGUGGCUCUUUGAGUUUCAUUACUCCAUCUCGUGAUCUCGAUACUAAUAUCAGAUUAUCCUCAAGUGCUGGCAAAGCAGAUGUAAAUGACCCUGAGGAAAAUGAUAAAGUUAAAAUCAGAGAAGGUGAGCAGAGCAAUGGAUGCAAGAAUAUUCACUCAGAUUUUGAAGAUGAGUCAUUUUCAAAAGAAAAUGAAGGAGAAGUAAUGUCUAACUACAGAAGAGCUAAUGGUAAACGAGGUAGUACAAGAAAAGAUCAAAUUAUGACUAGUAAUGACAGUAUAAUCAGCAGUGAAGAUAAACAAAGUAAAGAAAGGAACACAAUUGAUGAUACCUUUGAAGAUGAGGAAUAUUCCCCACAGCAUAGGAGAAGAGGUAAAACAGACAUGAGAAGAGCGAGUAUCAGCAAAAUUCCCAACAAUCAAGAUGGGAAGAGCCACGAAGACAGCAUAAUAAAUGAAAGCAAUUCAGUAACGCCAAGAGAGGACAAUCAGAACAGUGGAUAUAAAAAUAUUAAUUCAAACAUGGAAGAUGAGCCAUUACCAAAACAAAAUGAUGGAAUGAUAAUAACAAGCCUAAGAAGAAAACGCGGGAGACCUAGAAAGGAUAAAAUAAUAGUUAGUAAUGACAGUAUGUUCUGCAGUGAAGGUGAACAAAGUGAUAAGGACAACUCAGUCAAUUAUACCAUUGAAGAUGAUGAAUAUUCACCACAACGUCGAAGAAGAGGAAAAGCAGAAGCAAAAAGAGCUAGUGUUGAAGGAAGCAUAGAAACAAGCUUAAGAAGAGGCAGUGGAAGACGAGGGAGACCAAGAAAGGAUAAAAUGAUGGCAGGUAAUGACAGUAUGUUCAGUAACGAAGAUGAACAGAGUGGUGAAGACAACACAAUUGAUGACAUAUUUGAAGAUGAUGAAUAUUUACCACAGCCUAGAAUGAAAGGAAAAAGAGAAUGUAGGAGAACUAGUGCCAGAGUGUCCAGCAGUCAAGGGGGGGAGAGCCACGAAGACAGUAUGACAAAUGAGAGCAUUGAAGGUAAAAGAAGAGGCACGAGACAGGGACAAAGGGGGAUGGUGGCGACACCUAGCACUAGUAAAACAUCUGGUAAUGACAGUAACGAAGAUGAUCAGAGUCGUGAAGAUAGCUGUGAGGACAAUGACUAUUCACCGCAUCAAAGAAGAACAGGUAAUGCGCGAAGAAAGACAUGGACAGGAGGAGGAAGGGGGAGGGGGAGGGGAAGAGGAAGAGGAAGAGGAAGAGGAAGAGGAAGAGGAAGGGGCAGAGGCGGCAUAUGUAGCAGCGGAGGACAUGGAACGCAGUUUACUGGAGAAGAUGCUACUGAAAUUCAGGUCAAGUGUGUAAAAUGCCCGGAAGAGGAGCUAACCAACUGGACAUUUGAAUCACAUAAUUACCAAAAGCAUAAUGGGCUCUCAUGGAUAGAGGGCCAAGAACCAAUUGACAUGAAAGAUGAAAAAGUUGUUCAAAAAAUACUUCUUAAGGUCCGCAAGCAAGGAAAGAAGUGGUUCACCUGUGAAAAGUGUGAUGUUGCAAAGAAGAGUGUUGUUGGAUUUUAUAGCCACAUGCAGUUCUGCCAGAAGACCUCGGAGGAACGUGAAUCUAUGAAAGAGCAGUGCCCAUUUUGUGAGAGAUAUUUAAUUCCUACAAGUUUGAAGGUCCAUUUGCAGCUACACAGGUCUGAACAAGAAAGGCAGCAACAACAGGAAGAAAUAAUUGCUUUCAACAUGGAACCUGGAAAACGCAAACGAGCUGCAGCUGAAAAAGCAACCACUCUCAUGCAAGAAUUCAUCAAGGGAGGUGAAGAUGAUGAACCACCUGGGGAGCAGAAAGCUGACAAGGAUGAAUUGUUCGAACGACUUGGUUACACAAAGCCAACCAAUUCCCUUGUUGGACGGUGGAAGAUGAAAAUAAAACGGAACGGGAAAAUAAAGUGCAACAACCCUAGCUGUCUGUUUGAAACAUCUGAACUUAGCAGUAUGCAAGAGCACUACUCGAACUGCCCAAAGGCACUACGCAAGGGUUAUUUAUGUAAGCUGUGUGAUCAUCAUUGUAAUGAAGAAUCUGAGAUACAUGAACAUUUGAAACAACAUGAAACCUCUAAUCCAGCAGAAGAAACAGACUCCAGUGGAGAUGAUGAAGAUGAUGACGAUGGUGAAGUAUUUCAUGAACGAACUGGUCAAUUAACUAGCCUAAGAGUUGGAAAACCGAGGAAACUGAGAUACAAGAUAGCUAACAAAAUGAGUUUUCUGGCAAGAGAAACAAGUGGAACUGUGAUCGGGGAUCGUAUCUAUGGUCCAGCCUUGAGGUGGACGGCCAAGUUCCAGACACAACAUUACAAGGAUAGUCUCUUCCCAUCAUAUCACACGUCAUUAGAAGACUGGACUGCAAUAGAAGACUCACUCGUACAUGAGUAUUUGCCUGCUGCUAAAGAAAGUAUGAUGAUUAGUCAAUUGACUAUGAGAAAGGAAGUGGUUGAUGUAGAGACACAAAAUUUGGAGUGGAGAAAGUACAGUUUAUUUGAGGCAACUGUUAAAGAUGAUGCAGUGACAAUGUUUGUUGGAGGACCAGUAUGGGCAAUGGCUUGGUGCCCAUUGCCCUUGAGACUAUCACUACAAGCAGAUCCACAAAAUACAAAACAGUAUCUUGCCGUAACAUGUCAUAGAAAUAUGGAGGACCAGUAUAGUGUGUCACGGUCAUACGAUGGACCGGGGAUUAUACAAAUAUGGUGUUUUGAGGAACUUGACAGUUUAAAGUCACCCCCAAUUCCGUCACUUACUCUUGCGAUAGCGCACAAUUAUGGAGCAAUUUGGUGUAUGGAAUGGUGCCCCUCAGGUUGUUAUGAAAGAAACGGAUGUGAAACGGAAGAGAAACACCUGCAACGUUUAGGCCUGCUGGCAGCUGCCUGCUCCGAUGGUUGUGUACACAUCUUCUCAGUUUGUCAUCCUGAUGAACUGAGAGGAUGCGGAUGUGGCAGGUACCCAGUCUUCAAGACAGAACCUGUUGUGUCACUAAUUCUGGAAGAGGAGGCAGAUAUAAAGCUUGGUGGUACAGACUGGCAGUGUCUUCGUUUGUCAUGGAGUAAAAUAAAAAAUCACAGAAUAAUUGCAGGCAGUUUUUCUAAUGGCAUGGUGGCUUUAUGGGAUAUUGAAUCAUCAUCAAGGUUAUUGUACAAAAUGCAUGGAAAGAGGAAACUAAUAUAUCCAUAUCACACAUUUCAGCCGCAUGGUGGACCUGUCACAGCUCUUGCAAUGUACCCACUGAAUGAGCGAUUUUUAAUGACUGGUUCAUACGACAGAACUUGUAAAUUCUGGGAUACACAUGACACUGCAGAACCCAUCACUUCAACAUUCAAGGGGCUGGUGACGGAUGGAAUUUGGCUCACACAUUGGCCAUCAGCUGUCAGUGCAUAUGAUGAUGUUUACUCACGGUGCCACACCAACUCUACAGUGAUGCCAGUGCGCAACUUUGGGUACAGCGGCUAUCCUGUGAUGGCACAGAACUCUGUUGCUUGGACCCUUUCAUCAUCAGAUUGGGUGAAUUCUGUUGCACAAGGAACUUCUGCAGGAGAACUGUCAGCCAUUUUUCUGCAUCAGCUAUUAAUUGGUGUCGAUACAGAGAAGGGCAUGAAGAACAAACGAAUGAUUCUGAGUUACGCAGAGCUUAUUAAUUUCAAAGAAUCUUCUUCCACAUCUGAACUGUCUGGAAGUGCUGGGAAAGAUGAAAAGAAGGAACUCGUGCCAUCUGAGACUGUGGAGCAACAGGCAUCAGCAUCCAAGUCCACGACCGGUGGUGUCCCUAGCUUAGUAUCAUUGAAUUCUCAGGUUUCUUCCGGUAUUGAUUCAGGAAAAAAUUUAGAAACUGUUAAUGUUGCCAGUGGCACACAUUCAGAAAAGGCAUGUGGAUCUAGCAAUGAAAGGGAGGUGGAUGAAUUAUUACCCAUUGAAAUCAGAGAUGAUAACAAAAGUGUGAAUGACCCUGUUUCAACUGCUAAAGAAGAGGAAGGACUGGACGAGAGUCAACAAAUAAAUGACAGUGUCAGUGUGAGCGAAAACUCAAGUGAUCUGAAAUAUCUGCUGAAGACUGAACAAUAUUCUGAAGAUGUAACAUGCACAAGCUUCAGUUCUGUAAGGGAUUGCGAGAUAGAUGUGUCAACGUGCGAUGACAGUCAGAGUGUUCUGUCUUCACAGGUGAACUCACCCACAUCUAGCCAAGCCUCUGAUGCCAACAAGCAGUGCAAGAAGAAAGAAGUUAGGAGUGAGCAGAAUGACUCAAAGCAGGCAGAGGGGAAAGCACAAGAAACUUUGAUAUUGAAGCCUAGAACUUACAAUGAUGUCGAAAAAAGCUUCGGAAUUGUUUUGUGUGAUUUUCCAACGGAUGAUUUUUCACAAAUGCCACAGGAAGCCAGACGUUGGAUGCGGCAGUCUGAUCAAAUGAGAAUAUUUCCAACUGAAAUGUACCCAGCAAUAUCCAUUAAUCGAGUUGCUUGGAAUCCAAACUUCAGAAGUUUCUUUUGGAUAGCAAGUGGUUACCAAAGUGGUUUAGUUCGGCUAAAGUGUGUCUCAGCAAUGUAUAACAAAGAUGUUGCAAGAAAUGUGCUCAUGAUCAGAGAUGCAUACAGCUAAUAUAUGCAUAUUUUGUUUUUUGUAUAUAUGUUUGUAUGUUGGUUAUCUUUUCUGAGCAUUUUAAUAAGCAUUUUUGUUUAAGACAGUA